UGUUCCCAUCUGAUACUGUUAACUAGUCUUGAUAAGCUUCACAAAAAAAUGUUACUAUAAAUACAAUCAUACAAACUUAUAUAUCUUUCAAAACCCUAAUAAAACCAAAAAAACAAAACACUAUAUAUAGAGAAAGACGGUGUAAACUAUUAGCUACUUGAUAAAACCAAGUGAUCAUCAUCAUCAUCAUUAUCAAAAUGAGGCCUCCAACCAACUCCACCGCAACUAGUGGUGGCGGCGCCGUCGACGGCGGUUUCCGGCAUUGGAACUCUCCCAUUCCGUACCUGUUCGGUGGCCUGGCCAUCAUGUUAGGCCUUAUUACGGUGGCCUUGAUAAUUCUAGCUUGUUCCUACCGUAAAUCGCCGUCAUCAUCAUCGGCCGUAGCAGCAGAAGCAGCAGCAUCAUCAUCGGCCGUCGUUGAUGUGGGUGGCGGUAAUGAAGAUCAUCAGAAAACAACGACGGAAAUUGAUGAGGUGGUUGUGGAUUGUGAUCAGCCCAAGUUUGUUGUUAUCAUGGCCGGAGAUCAUAACCCCACCUUCUUGGCGAACCCCGUCGUCUAUUCCACUUGCCACACUCUCCCAAUUAAUUCAUGAAUAAUUUUUUUUAGGAAUUGAUCAUAAUUAACGUAAUUGUUAUUUUUCAAUACAGUGUAGUUUAGGAGAGACAUGUAAUUAAUAGAUGAGUAAGUAUCUAUAUAUGUUAUACAAUAUACAAUAGAUUUUUUUAAUGUAAUUUUUAUUCAUAUAUGUGAUCGUUUUUAGAUGCUGGAUAUUGAAGGAAGGGUACAAAUUCAAAUUAUAUGCAUGUGUCAUUGGCUUAAAUAUUAGAAUUGAUUUGAUGAAUGUUUAUUAAUAUAAUAAACACAUCGAAUAAUUUUCCAUCAGAAAAGAAUAAUAAAGAAUU